AUGGAUCUGAAAUUCAUUUCUACUUUUCUCUGCUUUGUCCUACUUCAUUCAUCAAAAACAUUUGGUGACCAUUUCACUAAUCAAAGUGAUUUAGAAACUUAUAUAGUACAUCUUGAAUUUCCUGAUCAACUUUUCUCAAAUUCCAAAGAUUUACUUCUCUGGCAUCAAUCAUUUUUGCCUACAAAUUCGAAUCACUCAUCACGCAUUCUAUAUUCUUAUCGUCAUGUGUUCAAUGGUUUUGCUGCUACGUUGUCAUCAGAUGAAGUGAGAGAAAUGGAAAAGAAGCCCGGUUUUGUGUCAGCGCGUCCCCAAAGACUAUUUCAGUUGCUCACCACACACACACCAAGUUUCCUUGGCUUGCACCAGAAUGUUGGUUUGUGGAAUGCAUCAAAUUCAGGUAAAGGUGUGAUUAUUGGUAUAUUAGAUACUGGAAUUGCUCCUCAACAUCCUUCAUUUAAUGAUAAUGGAAUGCCUAAUCCACCACUUAAAUGGAAAGGCAAAUGUGAGUUCAAUGUUACAACUUAUUGUAACAAGAAGCUUAUUGGAGCAAGAAAUUAUGUGCAACCGGAUAGGUUUCCUUUGGACUUAGCUGGACAUGGGACACAUACUUCAAGCACAGCCGCGGGGAACUUUGUGGAUGGUGCCAAUUUUUUUGGUAAUGCUAAUGGCACGGCUGUUGGCAUUGCGCCCCGAGCUCAUGUGGCCAUGUACAAAGUCUGUUUUGCAAUUUUUUGUCUAGAAUACAAGAUUUUAGCUGGUCUUGAUGCUGCAAUUGAAGACGGUGUGGAUGUGAUUUCCCUUUCACUUGGAUUCGGACACUCUCGGUCACCUUUAUAUAAUGAUACUAUAGCUAUUGGCGCAUAUAGCGCGAUGGAGAAGGGGAUUUUUGUAAGUUGCUCUGCAGGAAAUGAUGGACCGGGUAGUGGUACUGUGCAAAACGGGGCCCCGUGGAUUCUCACAGUUGGUGCUAGCACAACAGAUAGAAAGAUAAGGGCGGUUGCAGUUUUGGGUAACGGAGCUGAGUAUGAAGGCGAAUCAGCUUUCCAACCAACGAAUUUUUCGCAAAAAUUAUUACCACUUGUGAAUGGCAAGUACUGUGAUUUGUUGCAUUCGAUCGAUGUCAAGGGUAAAAUAGUGUUGUGUGAUACAAAACGUGGCUUGUAUAGAGAACAAAUAGCAAGAACAGUGAAAAGUGCUGGUGGUGCUGGCAUGAUUCUCAUGAAUAAUAAGGAAGGUGGCUCUACAACAUUGGCAGUAUAUGAUGUCUUUUCCAUGACACAGGUUAGUUACAAGGAUGGACAAGAGAUCAUAAACUAUAUGAAAUCAACAUCAACACCAGUUGCAACAAUAUCAUACAAGGGAACAAAGAUUGGAGACAAGCACGCGCCAACGGUUGCUUACUUUUCUUCUAGGGGACCAUGUCUGCAGAGUCAGGGCAUACUAAAGCCGGACAUUAUUGGCCCUGGAGUGAAUAUCCUUGCAGCUUGGCCAACCCAAAUAGAGGGUGAGACAACAUCUGCAUCUUCAUCUUCAUCAUUGACGUUUAACAUCCUUUCUGGAACGUCGAUGUCUUGCCCUCACCUUGCAGGAGUUGCAGCAUUGUUAAAGAGUGCACAUCCAGAUUGGUCUCCAGCUGCAAUUAAAUCCGCAAUCAUGACCACAGCUGAUCUUGUUAACCUUGGAAACGAUCCAAUUCAGGACGAGACACUAGAACCUGCUGAUCUACUUGCAAUCGGAUCAGGGCAUGUGAAUCCAUCAAGAGCAAAUGAUCCAGGGCUCAUUUAUGACAUCCAGCCCGAAGAUUAUAUCCCAUACUUAUGUGGCUUGAACUAUACUGAUGAUCAAGUCAGUGUCAUUGUGAAAAAGAAGGUACAUUGUACAUCAAGCAUACCUCAAUCAGAGUUGAACUACCCAUCAUUUUCAAUUCCUAAGGAAUCAAGUGCUCAAACUUAUACAAGGACUGUGACUAACGUCGGAGAAGCAAUUUCAGCUUACACAGUUAAAGUAUCUGGGCUCAAAGGUGUCGAGGUGACUGUUAAUCCUAAAAUCUUGAAAUUUACUGUGUUGAAUCAGAAGGCAUCGUAUAAUGUAACAGUUAAGGCAUUAGAUCUUACAGGUCAUUCCCAAGGGUACAUAGUUUGGUCUUCUGAUAGGUAUUCUGUUAGAAGUCCAAUACAUGUAUUUCCCCAUAUAAGUGUGAUUUAA